UUUUUCUACGCCGGGCAAGAUGGCGGCGGUAGCGCCGAGAUGGAGCAGCCGCUCAGCCUGAGCAGUUUUUACACAAAAUAGCUUAAAUAUCUUAACUUAAAUCUGAAAAUAGCACAGUAUCGGUUUGGACUGUUCAACUUUCGCUAAGUUUUAACAUUUUCUGUGAACAAUGUUCAAAUCCUAGUGAUCUUUUACUCGAGUCUAGCGAGCAAACGAGGCAGAAAGUAUAAUGGGAGAAAAGCUUGAACUGAAGCUCAAGUCGCCGGUUGGAGCCGAAGCUGCAGGAUAUCCGUGGCCGUUACCGGUAUAUGAUAAACAUCAUGAUGCCGCACAUGAGAUUAUCGAAACCAUACGGUGGGUGUGUGAGGAGAUCCCAGACCUUAAACUGGCCAUGGAGAACUACGUGCUCAUUGACUACGACACGAAAAGUUUUGAGAGUAUGCAGAGACUGUGUGACAAGUACAACAGAGCUAUCGACAGCAUUCACCAGCUGUGGAAAGGUACGACUCAGCCGAUGAAACUGAAUAAACGGCCUUCAAACGGCCUGCUUCGUCACAUCCUGCAGCAGGUCUACAAUCACUCUGUAACUGAUCCAGAGAAGCUGAACAACUAUGAGCCCUUCUCCCCUGAGGUGUACGGAGAGACGUCGUUCGAUCUGGUGGCUCAGAUCAUUGACGAGAUUGAGAUGAUGGAGGAGGACACUUUUGUGGACCUGGGCAGCGGUGUGGGGCAGGUGGUCCUGCAGGUCGCCGCCGCUACCAACUGUAAGCACUACUAUGGUGUAGAGAAGGCCGAGAUUCCAGCCACGUACGCAGAGGCAAUGGACAGGGAAUUCAAGCGCUGGAUGAAGUGGUAUGGGAAAAAGCAUGGCGAGUAUACACUGGAGCGAGGAGACUUUCUGUCAGAAGACUGGAAGGAAAGGAUAGCAAACACAAGUGUUAUUUUUGUAAAUAACUUUGCCUUUGGUCCAGAGGUGGAUCACCAGCUGAAGGAACGCUUUGCCAACAUGAAGGAAGGUGGAAAAAUUGUAUCCUCAAAACCUUUUGCACCUCUCAAUUUUAGAAUCAACAGUCGAAACUUGAGCGAUAUUGGCACAAUAAUGCGUGUUGUUGAACUUUCUCCAUUGAGAGGCUCUGUGUCUUGGACAGGGAAGCCAGUUUCCUACUAUCUGCAUACAAUAGACCGUACCAUACUUGAAAACUAUUUUUCUAGUCUUAAAAAUCCUAAACUCAGGGAGGAGCAGGAAGCAGUGAAACGGCGUCAACAGAAGGAGAACAAGGACAGUAAAAGCAGCAGCACCACCCCAACCAAGCCAAAGGAGCACAAGGAGUCAUGUGGUGAAGAGGAAACCUCGGGAGUCCUGGUACCAAUCAAGUCGUCACCUAAACCACGUCGUGCCAAGCUGCUUGCCAAGGGCCGCAAGCUGGGCAACAGGAAACGCGGGCGGCCCAAGAAGUCCAUCAUGGCAGCAGCCACUGAACGCAAGACCAAGAAGAGUCAGAGCGCCUUAGACCUUCUUCAUGCCAAGACCGUCUCAGCAGCGCCCCCUCAGGAUGCAUACAAAUCGCCUCAAAGCCCCUACUACCAGCUACCUCCUAAAGUUCAACAUUACACACCUGGCCAGCUGCUGCUCAGCAACAUGCCUGUGGGCCUGCAGACUUUGCUGGAUAAUUUCAAAGUCCAGUACAUGCAGUUCUUGACCCAUAUGAAGACACCACAGUACCACACAAACCUGCAGCAGGUUCUGGAGAAAGAGAGGCUCAGACACACUGAACUGUCCGCUCAAGCCCAGUGUCUGAUGAACGCCUGUCACACUCACAAGGAGAGGAUCCGGGACCUUUUCCAGGCCAAACUAGAAGAGCUGGGAGUAAAGGCAGUGACCGUAGAGGACCUGGUGCAGGCUCAGAAAGAGAUCAUGGCCCAUAAUAUGCAGCUGAAAGAACAAACCAAGCAGUUGGAAAGAGACAUGGCUGAGCUUAAAGACCAGAGCCGGCUACUGCUAAAGGCUCGCUGCGAGGAGCUGAAACUGGACUGGGGGUCGUUGUGUCUUGAGACACUAUUAAAGGAAAAGGCUGCUCUGCGUAGACAGAUCUCUGAGAAACAGCGCCACUGUCUAGAACUUCAGAUUAGUAUUGUGGAGUUGGAGAAAAGCCAAAGACAGCAGGAGCUACUACAGCUCAAGUCCUCCUAUAGCCCAUGCAAAGACUCGCCAUACCGCAAGAGCAUUCCUAGUCUAGAGCCCCGUCCCCCAACAGACACCAACACCCCCAAACUGGCCGAAAUGAACGGCCUUAGCCCCGAGUUGUCCAUCAACGGCACGGCAUCUCCUAGCUACGAGCGUGGAGGCGGCAUCAACUGCUUCAAUGGCAAGAACGAUCUGCUCUCCCACUACCUGCCAAUCUCCCCCGAACAUGAGAUUGUGCCACCCACUCCAGAGCCUCGAAGUAGGCCUCUAGGACAGCCCCUGCCUGACUACACACGCUUUUCUCCAGCUAAGAUCGCACUGCGCAGGCACCUCAACCAGGACUCCACUAUAGGCCAGGCCAGGGCGCUCGGCACCAUCCACAGGGGCGACGUUGGCAUCGUGUCAUCUCCAACCUUAAAACAGGGCUGUGCCUCACCAAGCACAGCUGAAAAUCAACAACCAAAUGCACUCAAGAGUGUAGAGAGGGCGAAUAAGGAUAAGAUCCCAGCUGGAGCAGGUGACAACAUAACCAGUCUCCCAAUCAGCAUCCCUCUCAGUACUGUACACCCCAGCAAACUUCCUGUCAGCAUCCCACUGGCCAGCGUGGUGCUGCCCAGUCGUGCCGAGAGACUGAGGAAUACUCCCAGUCCUAUGUCUAGUAGGGAGCAGUCAGCAGGGCCAAGCAGCAACAGCAAGCAACCUCUGACACCUAACUCAGGAUUGGUGAACGGCUCCCACUCUGCUAUGUGUGAUCAAGACUGCAACUCCAUGUCUCCUAUACCCCAUAGCAACCCUAUGCUGGGUCUUCAGUCACGUGGGUCUGGCUCCAGCCCUCUGCUGAGCACAGGCGGAGUGCUGCAAUAUGCAGACAGACCCUCCCGUCUUCCUGACGAGGGCCACCAGCAUCAUGGCCUUGAAUCUGAUCCCGAGAUCCUAGACAGCGAGGCUCGCCGCCACAUGUUCUUCUCUUCCUCUUCGUCUUCGUCUUCAUCCUCCUCCUCUGCCGGAGGCUCAGGCCAACCUCACGGAUCAGCCAAGCAGGGAAAGCAUCACAGCAGUCAUCACCACCACCAUCGCUCACCAGGCUCUCACGGGUCGGAAGGGCGCAAGAGAGGACGCCGGAAACGCAGCUCCUCUAGCCUCGUUCCAGCAAGUAGUUCCCCUAAAAAACGAUCGUUCUCCGGGAUUAACUACUCCUCGGGUUCCCCACUUAACAUAAACACCAUGGUGAACAACAUUAAUCAGCCUCUGGAGAUCUCAGCCAUAUCCUCUCCAGAGCAGGCAGGCGGCAGUCCAUGUGAGACGGACCUGGACCAGCCACCAGUACUGAAGCGAGAACGCCCGCUGGAGAUUAAUGGCUCCAACCGUGACUUAUCCACCCCUAGCUCAGAGGACGAGGAGACUGGAUAUCCAGCAGACAGUAGCUCCUUACGAAUUGAAAGGAAAAUUGCAACAAUUUCUCGGGAGAGCAGAGACGGUGAGAGGGGUUCACAGGGCCGUAAAUCAGGGGCCAGUAGCGUGAACAGUGACGUCUCUUCUUCUUCCAGCAAGUGGAAGUCUACCUUCUCACCCAUCUCCGACCCCAAGCCUACUCCUCCAGACCUCCGGCAGAGCCACUCCCCUUUCUGUGGGGCGAUGUCUUGUGGCCCAGACUCCGACUCUGAGCAGAAACCGCAAAAGCGAGCAGAUCGAGAACGCAGUGAGCAUUACAGCAACUCUAAACCCUUUCUAGGUCUGGACAAAGCACGGGAAGCCUUUCCCAAGCAAAAGCCUCGCGAGUGGGAGGCUCUCAGUGGUCUGAGCCAGAACCUCUUCAUCUCUGCUGCAGCUGGUGGAGGUCUCCUGUGUGGAAAAGUGGGUAGAGCCACUGCAGUUUCUUCUGCGUCCUCUGUGGGACAGUAUUUUCCUCUGAGCGGCCCCUCCGUCUUACAGUCCAUAUUCGGCACGCAGACUCCUAACCCGGCCACCAGCGGACCUCCACGAUUGGUUAACGGUCACUCUGUUCUGGGCAGCUUUUCUAGUGCUGGACUGGCAGGAGGCGCUGCGGGAGGGAUUUUUCACCACAUGACGCCUUCAGUAUCCUCUCAACAGUCUGCGCCCCCCAGUUCGCAGCACAGCCACUCUUCCUCACAGCAGAGGAAUCUGGACUCCAAAGCCGGGGCCUUGUACCUGGCCCAAUAUGGCCGCACACAGACUGUCCUGCACGCUCCCUCCCCUCCUGUGCUUUCCCUGCCUCCCCCUCCUCCCCUUCUCAACACCUCCUCCUCCUCUGCUCCUCUCCAGCCUUCCCCUCCAUGCUCGGAGAGGAAGCAAUCGGUUUCCCUCCAAACCCUACAUCUGCUCCCCUCCUCCUCUUCAUCCCCCUCUUCUGCUCCUGUCACUUGCAUCACAACCACUCCUGCUGCCUCCUCAUUGUCGCGGCCCUUUACACUUCAGUACCAGCCUUCUGCAAGCAGCGGCGGAGGCAGCAGCAGUGGCUUGGUGAGCUCCUGGAGGACUCUGGGUAUGCAGGUGCCCUACAAUGCUCGGCCCAGGUAGCAGUGCCAUGAGCAGAAACGGGGUGGGCGGGAGGUCUGAAUUUGGGGGUAAUUUAUAAUUAGGAGCUGCUGUAUGGUACCUGCCAAGCUUGUGCCUCAGUCUGAACAAGGUAACUGAAGCAAUCUACCUCAACCCACUGCAACCUAUGCAAUGGACAGGUGUAGACCAACGGGCUCUUCCUCACUGGUGCUCCCAAGUUAGUUUAAGCCACCCGGAGGAUACCAAUGCAUCUAAAUACACAUGCAGAAACACACGCACGCACACACACAGGUCAGGACCACUCAUAAGCAUCUGGUUAAAGUUGUAAAAAAAGAGGCACCGACAAAAGUGAAUAUGUCAUCAAUUAUUGUGUAUUUAAAUAGUGGAUGGGUUUUUUGUGCAAAAUCUGGGAUCUGCAAAAUUUGUCUUUUUUUUUUUUUUUAAUAUUCAGAUAAAAACAAGGCAUCAGCAGAGCGAUAAAUUCCUGAACAUUUUGCUCCAUGCUGAAGCCCAGCACUGUGUUAGCCUUUAACAAUUCCUGGAAUACUAUGGAAUCUCUUUUUAGAGGUAAAUGUGGGAAUUUUGACUUGAACAUGUGAUUCAAAAAAAAAAAAUAUGGCAUCAUGAAUCGUUUCGAUUUAAAUUAUUUUAAACGGCAGCAUUUGUUCAGUACAUACACACAUAUUCCUUUACACUUACACUGGAUAGAAGCCUAUUCACUACAACCAACCGGCUCCAUCAUCGAGUCAGCUUGAUUACUGUUUUUGGAUUACGUGCAUUUGAUUUUUUUUUUUUACUUUUUUUUAAAAAAAAUACGAAAGUUCUCGACUCGUUAACACACACAGCGGCUGAAGCACAAAUUAUUAAAUGUAUUUACCAAGUACCUGUGUGUGCAAACAUCAAAUCUUAUAAAAAGAAACAUAUUAAUGUACUAUAUAUAUACUAUAUCUUCUUUUUUAAAAAAAUUAUUUCUCUUAACGAUGCCUACACGUAAAGGUCGGAGUUUGGCAUUCGACAUGAAAUAAUCGAUUCAGGUGAUCUUUUUUUUUAUUUUAUUUUUUUUCUGAGACAAAUUAUGAUCCAUGGUGCUGAAAACAAUUUUGCUCAGAAAGGUGCUAGAUAUCUGCUUUUGGAAAAUGUACACCAUUAAUGUUGUGGUGCUCUCUGCAAGUAGGAAAACCACACAGACGAUUUAAAAUGGGGGAAAAAAAAAAAAUUAUGAAAAAAAUCUUCUAACACUGGUAAAAAAAAUGUAAUAUGGCAAAAAAAAAACAUCUACUGUGCAACUGCCGGGAUUUUUAUUUUAUUUAAUUGUUUAUUUUUUUCUUUUCUUUUUCUCUUUUUAAAAACAUUUGAAAGAUGUUUUUGUACUGUGAAUUGGAAGUAACUGUCAAUGUGUAAUUGUAUAUAAUUUGCAAAUAUUUAUCAUUUCCGUUGUGAUGGUUUUUGUUGAUUUUCAUGUUAACGUACCGAGUAAAUGGGUGCAACUUUUUUGUGUGACGUAAAAGAAAACAACAUGGUGCUACAAUCUAACUCUGGACUGUGCCUAUUUAUAUUAAGAACAUCAGAUAAGAGACACAUUCUGGGUGCUAAUGUUGACAGGGACCUCGCAUUAUGUAGCGCCAAGUGGAAAGCAAUCAGACGCUGUAUUGAUCCGAGGCGUUUUUAAACUCGAUUCUUACUUGAUCGUUUUCUAGUCUUUUAAAGUGGGGACUCGUCUCCGCUGGUGCACAGCACGUUUGCAGCCGAAGCCUUCCGUCCGCCGUUCUUCGAGCGCUUAGAGCUUUUCCACAGGGUGAAAAUCUGUGACAUCUGUACUGUCAGAGUGGGCGAUAUGACAAAAAUACAUCAAAAGUGUGCGACACAAUAUACUUCCGGUGCAUAUUCCUUCACUGACACUUUAAUAGGAACACUUUAACUAAUCAGCCACUCGUAUAAUAGCCCGCGUAGAAGCACAGGUUUUUUGUUGUUCACGUCCAAUCUCUGUGACUUUAACUGUUGAAUGAAUGGACUGGUUUGAGUUUUUCUGUCUGGGAUUUUCUUACAGUAUCUAGAGUUUAUCCUGGAUGGUGCGAAAAACACCUUGUUGAUAUGAGACAGCAGAGGGAAAUGACUGCCUGGAAGGAUCGAGUAACUCGUAUAAUCAUUAUCGUUAUAUAAUAAUAAUUUGUACAGCCGUGCUGAGCAGAAAAGCACCUCAACAUGCACAGAACAUCAAACCAUGAGGUGGAUUAGCUACAACAGCAGGUUCCUCUCCUGAUCCAAAGAUCUGAGGCUCUCAUGGGAAUCAUCUCGCACAAACCAGAGAGUAGAAGACAGGAAAAAGUCUCCAUGAUGCUCCAUGAUACACUCGGCUGGCAGGAGCCUGAUGUUUGUGGUCUGUGCAAGCUUCCUUGUGAUCUACAUCUUGAGAUGCUUUUCUGCUCACAGUGGCUGUAAAGAGUGAUUUAUAUCUUCCAAUCUCUCAUCAGCAAGAUGUUUCAGACACCUGCAGACCUUCCACAAACUGGAUCAUUCUGUAUAAAGACCGUCAUGUUGUAAAAAUCCCAGGAAUCAGGCGGCUAAAGUCACAGAGAUGAGACUUUUCCUCCGUCCUUAUGUCGGAUGUGAACGUUAACCAAAGCUCUUGAGCUGUCUGAAUGUCCCGUCCCGUCCCCCCCCUUCCUUUCUUUCUCAUUGUGCUGCUGCCACACAAUUGGCUGAUUAGACAAAAUGUUCCUAAUAAAAUGGCCGGUGAGUGUUUGUCUCUCUCCAUCCUGAGGGGGGGGAAUAAAGUGUCUUUUCAUUUUGAUAUUACAUCUUAUCUCCCAGCCCUUGGAGUGUCUGCUGACUGUUCUCUCUCUCUCAGCAGUCCAGGUUGUGUGCCUGUUGUUUGGAGUGAGAAAGAAUUCAGACAUUUUAGUUCUAAGCAUGUUUUUAGGUGCUGGAGAAACCAGAAACGAAAACCAGUCCGGCUCUCGUGUAAACAUUCUCCUCUUGACGGCGGCGUGUUCCAAACUAAGUGUUCUCUGUGAAGCGACGUUUAUGUACAACAGCCCGAGAAUCCAGUAGAACGUAACCAGCACUGUCGACAUAUAUAUCUAUAUAUACGAUGUAGUGUGUUAAAGUUAGCUGUGUACCAGUUUGUUUUAUUAUGUUAUAUUAUAGAAUUUAGACCAGUAACUAAUGGUGCUCUUCUACACGUUUUUUUUUUUGUUUGUUUUGUUUUGUUUUAACCGAUAAAGUGCAGCUCUACGUUUUAAGUACAGACGAGACGAAUAACACAAGGUUUUGCUCUUCGUGCUUUUCUGUGAUCUUUGUUUUCUCAGCUUCAAGGGUGAAACUGCUCUAAAGCCUCAUGUGUGAAAGUACUUGUGUAAAUCUUAACACCACAGUAGAGUAGAGCGGUGUGUGUGUGUGUAUUUCCUCAGGUACAGGAUUAGAUAAGAAUUUGUACAUUUCAAGACAACUUCUCUUGGCACCUGUUUGUAAUUUGGGUGUAAACAGAAAAGAUGUGUAGUCUCAGGAAGACGCCUUACUGCUUUGACUUCACAGCUUCGUCUCAAAGGGAAAAAAUUCCAAUAAACUCAAACCCUUUUUGUUUGUUUGUUUUUUUCUUGUGUUCUUUCUAGAUCAUGAGGUUUCCUCUUACCCUUUUCUAACGUCUGUGCCGCUUUCUGCAGCCACACUCUUACCUGUAUUUUUUAUUCACCGUAAGUUAUAAAGAUGAACGUAGUUCUAUGUGUAAAAAAAAAAAAAGAAAGAAAGUAACUUUAUUGCAUCGCUGUCAUAUGGAAUGACCAAACGUCCACUCUUCACAUAGAACAGUAUAGGAUAAUGGUGCAAUAAGUCUUCACCAAUGUUCUAAUUGCUGUUGUUGGUGCUGGUUUUAUUGCUUCAUGAAGUGUUUUUAAUUAUAAUAAUAAUAAUAAUAAAAGAAACAUGGUUUGCCCUUGA